CACCGGGGAGGCAGCCGUGCCGUGCCGUCCCGCCCCGCCCCGUGGGUUUGCAUCCUCUCGUGUGCUGCCUGCUGCGUCCACUUGACACAGCUCUGGGCUGUGGUGGCUGACAUGGAUUUUCUCUUCAUCUGCCCCUUUCUGCUGGCGCUGCUGCUGUCCCGGGGCAGCUUUGCAGACCUGGAAAAACAGAGGGUGGACUCUGGCUUGGAAAUCUAUAAGAAGCUGUUUGAGGUGAAGCGCAAGGACCAGAUGAACGCGCUGAAGAACCUGAUCGAGCUCAAUGACAUCAACCAGCAGUACAAAAUCAUUGACAUCAUGCUCAAGGGACUCUUCAAAGUGCUGGAGGACUCCCGGGCUGUGCUCAUCGCUGCUGACGUGCCUCCCGACGGGCCUUUCCCUCAGGAUGAGAAGAUAAAGGAUGCGUACUCCCACGUGGUGGAAAACACUGCCUUCUUCGGGGACGUCGUCCUGCGCUUCCCCAAGAUCGUGCACCACUACUUUGACCGCAACUCCAACUGGAACAGCCUCAUCCGCUGGGGCAUUGGCUUCUGCAAUCUGACAGGCGUGUUCGAGCAGGGACCCCACUCUCAGGUCCUGGGGCUGAUGGCUCAGGAGCUAGGAAUCAGCGAGAAAUCACCCGAUUACCGCAAUCCCUUUAAAACGGACCACUCUGAGUUUUUCCCCAGUGCUGACACCUUCCAGAAGGCGCUGCGGGAGGAGGAGAAGCGGAGGAAGAAGGAGGAGAAGCGGAAGGAGAUCCGCAAGGGCCCGCGCAUCUCCCGCUCGCAGUCGGAGCUGUAGCGUGCGGGGGCUUGCGCCUCGCGGCGGGGGCAACGCCGCCGGGACGUGGAGCAGCUCGUUCCCCCCUCGGCGGCCUCGGGCCGGUGCCCGGCGGUCCCCUUUCCGUUUGUGCCGUGGGUUUUGUUUUCUUGCCUUUCCCUUUCGUUCGGCGGGGGCCGGGUGGCGGUGCCGGUGGGUCACCCCAGCGGGGCUGGAGUGGGGUAGCCCUUCCCCAGAGCCAAAGCACGGAUGGGAAGGCAGCGGGGCCAUCCCCUGGGCUGGUCGGGGUGCUGCCGCCCGUGGGGAGGUAGGGUGAGGGGGACACGCUACAGCUGAGCCCCGCGGGGAGCCCUCCCCUCCGCAGCACAGGGUCCCCUGCGCCGAACGUGCCUCCUCCGCUGUGGGUGGGCUGGGGAGCGUGUCACGCCAAACAGCCUCAUGAGCAAUGCUGCUUCUCUCAGUUUUGGUUUU